CUCUCCCCCAUCUGUCAAUAUUUCAGCUUUUCUAAAAGUGCAACAAUCGAUCUAGAACUAUCAACAGAGGACCCUCUUACUAGCCCCUUAUCGAUCUUCCCGCAGAAGCAUCCGCCGACCGUCAUGUCCCGCCGUCCCAACCCUCCUGCCGACAAGGCAGCGCAAAACCAGCAAGUUAUCAAGUCGCUUUUGAAGCUUCCUGGGAAUAAGGUCUGCGCUGAUUGCAAGAGAAAUAAGCUCCCAAGGUGGGCAAGCUGGAACCUGGGUGUUUUUAUCUGUAUCAGAUGUUCUGGUAUCCAUCGCGGAAUGGGAACACAUAUUAGUAGGGUCAAAUCCGUAGAUCUUGAUAGUUGGACGGAUGAGCAGCUCCAAAGUAUGUUGAGGUGGGGAAAUUCAAGAGCCAAUAAAUACUGGGAAGCCAACCUUGCGCCGGGACAUGUCCCUUCAGAAGCGAAAAUUGAGAAUUUUGUGCGCACAAAGUACGAGUCCAAGCGAUGGGUUAUGGAAGGGGGGAUUCCUGACCCUGCAACGCUCGAAGAUUCCGGUGAAGAAGACAACUUGCCCCUAAAGGUAGUUCAGCAAAAGCUUGAGAAUCGACCAACAACUACCUCACCAUUGCAACAAUCGGCAAGGCGACAAAAUGUCAACCUCUUUGAGGACGAGGAUACCUUGCCCCAAGAACCCUCCCGGUCCAAUUCGGUACCACCGGCAUCUAGGAGUCCGCCAAAGGCCUCUCCUGUACCACCGAAAUCGAUCAAACCUGCUGAUUCGCUCCUCGGACUGGACUUCUUUGCGGCCACCCCUACCCCAGCUCCACGACCCGCUUCAGUAAAUUCUAAUCCGGUCUCUAAUACCUCAUCAUCGCGGCCUGAUCUCAACAGAUCAAUUCUCUCCCUCUAUGCUUCCAAGCCCCAACCCCGCCCUCAACAUGUUAGCAGUCCCCCGAUAGUUUCAUCUCAGCAAUCACAGAAUCCUUCCUCUGGUCUGGGGGAUCUAAAUGACGCGUUUGGUGCGUUUGGGUUCGGGUCACAGCCCAGCACAACCUCCAUAUUAACCCAAGCAACCACUCCACCGCCACCGAAGCCAUCCCCAUUUGCUAAUCUCACAGCUGGAAUGAUGAAAUCUUCAGCGGCCCCUCAGAUAUCGCCGGCGUCGACUGGAGGUUUUUUCGGAUCCUCCAUUUCCAGCAAGGCCACUAAUAAAAAAUCUGCACCCACUGCCUCUACUAGUUCCGGUCUCGAGGAUCUUUUUGAUUUUUCGUCCACUCCUUCCGCCCCAAUAGCCCAACCCCCCCCAGCGAGGGCAGCCAGUUCAUUUUCUCCUACUACCACCAAGCCGGCUGAUUCCGCCUUUUCGUUUGAUAACAAUGCUUGGGCAUCACCAGCUCCAACCACCUCGACUAUUACUUCCAAUGAGCCUGCUUGGGGUGCAUCUGCCUCGGCGGCAACUCCAUCGAAUAACAUAUGGAGCUCGCCUGUAGCACCAACUCCGGCCACACCGGGUAUUCUUACCUCAACUCCUGGUGCUGGUGCUGGUGGUUUUGGGGCUACCAAGAACGAGGAGGACGAGUGGGGUGCGUUUAGUUCUGGCGCAAUUGGAACCGGAGUUAAUAGUGGUAGUGGUGCAGGUGCCGGUGCCUACGGAAAGUCGGGAGGUUUCGGGGGAGAUGAUGAUGUUUUCGCAAACGUGUGGAAAUAGUAAAUCAUACCUCAAUGUUUUUGCUACAAAACUACAAGUUAUUUAUUUCACGAUGUCGGUUUUCUGCGAGGGAUAGAUGUGGGGAAAUUAAUCCGAAUGGAAAUGCCUCUUAGCGAAAAGCAAACGACUUAUAUCUAUUAUUUAUGAGACAUAUGAACCUA